UGUGGUUUCCUGCCAAUAGCUCCUGUUUCCGGAGGCCCAGCAGGGCCCAGGCGGAGCCAGGAGGGGCAGUGGGGCUGGGCCUGGGUGGCCCCACCAGUCCCGCCCCCAUCUAUCUUUGGGAAUUUAUUUGUCCACAGGCACGGCUGGCCCACAGUUCAUUGCCUUCCAGGGGACAAGAGCUGCUCUGACCACCCAAGGAUUCUCCCUCCAGCCCAAGUGCCCCCACUGACCUCUGACUCCUGACCUCUAGCCCCACCUGCCCUGCCCUGCCCUGCCCUGCCUAAGGGGCUGGGACGCCCCUAGAAUCUCUGCUGUAGACGUGGGUGUUGACACCCGGCUCCCCUCGAGAGCAAAGGCUGUGCAGAGGGCUCGGCUCUCAGCCCCCCAGCCUGGCCACCAUGGCGCGGCGGCUCCAGGAUGAGCUGGCUGCCUUCUUCUUCGAGUACGACACUCCUCGAAUGGUGCUCGUGCGCAACAAGAAGGUGGGCGUCGUCUUCCGCCUGAUCCAGCUGGUGGUUCUGGCCUACGUCAUUGGGUGGGUGUUUGUCUACGAGAAGGGCUACCAGACCUCAAGCGGCCUCAUCAGCAGCGUAUCUGUGAAACUCAAGGGUCUGGCUGUGACGCAGCUCCCAGACCUGGGUUCCCAGGUCUGGGACGUGGCUGACUACGUCUUCCCAGCCCAGGGAGACAGCUCCUUCGUGGUCAUGACCAAUUUCAUCGCGACCCCCCAGCAGGCUCAAGGCUACUGUGCAGAGCACCCAGAAGGGGGCACGUGCAGGGAUGACAGCGGCUGCACUCCAGGGAAGGCAGAAAGGAAGGCCCAAGGCAUCCGCACGGGCAAGUGCGUGGCCUUCAAUGACACCGUGCAGACGUGUGAGAUCUUCGGCUGGUGCCCCGUGGAGGUGGACGACAACGUCCCACGCCCUGCCCUUCUACGAGAGGCCGAGAACUUCACUCUCUUCAUCAAGAACAGCAUCAGCUUUCCACGCUUCAAGGUCAACAGGUGCAACCUGGUGGAGGAGGUGACCACUGCCUACAUGAAGACCUGCCUCUACCACAAGACCCUGCACCCGCUGUGUCCCAUCUUCAAGCUGGGCUACGUGGUACAAGAGUCAGGCCUGAAUUUCAGUAGCCUGGCCGAGAAGGGCGGGGUGGUAGGCAUCACCAUCGACUGGAACUGUGACCUGGACUGGCACGUGCAACACUGCAAACCCAUCUACGAGUUCCAUGGGCUGUAUGAGGAGAAAAAUCUGUCUCCAGGCUUCAAUUUCAGGUUUGCCAGGCACUUCGUGGAGAACGGGACCAACUAUCGGCACCUCUUCAAGGUGUUUGGGAUUCGCUUUGACAUCCUUGUGGAUGGCAAGGCUGGGAAGUUUGACAUCAUCCCCACAAUGACUACCAUUGGCUCUGGGAUUGGCAUCUUCGGAGUGGCCACGGUUCUCUGUGACCUGCUGCUGCUCCACAUCCUGCCCAAGAGGCACUACUACAAGCAGAAGAAGUUCAAGUACGCGGAGGACAUGGGGUCAGGGGCGGGCGAGCGUGACCCCACGGUCACCAGCUCCACCCUGGGCCUGCAAGAGAACAUGAAGACAUCCUGACCUUCGGCCCCCGACUCCUGACUGGAUGCAGCGUAAGGCCUCGGGCCGGGGCCCUGGUGGGGUCCCAGCCGAGGCAGAGGGCUCUCCCCAGGAGCUCUCUCGCCCUCUCAGACAGACAGACACCAGGUUGCCAGCAGCUCAGGGUGGACACUGGGAGAGACCCGCUCAAUUCUGGGCUCUGGCUCCAACUCCGCACCCCACAAGGGAGCCUCACUCCAGCCUCAGCCACUCCUGGUCUGGAGGGGCUGGGGCUGGGCGGAGGCCCGCUCACAUUCCUGUUCCUCUGCUUUGUGUUUCUCCUCUGGGCCCUCAUCCAUCCCACUGCCUCAGCGUCUCUACACCUGUGCUCUCCAAUAUGGCAGCCACUAGCCACAGGUGACUAUUUAAAUUUAAAUUAAUUAGAAUUGAAUUCCUCAAACUAGCCACAUUACAGCUGCUAAAUAGACACAGGUGGCUAGUGGCUGCCAUAUUGGACAAUAGAACAUUUUCAGCCUCGAAGAAAGUUCUCCUGGACAGCUCUGCUUAAGCCCUGUUUCUUACUGGCCUCAGAUUUCCCUGGGGGCUUAUCAACAAUGCAGGCCCCUGGGCCCACCCCAGAACUCUGAACCAGAAUCUCCAGGGCUGGCCACGUGACCUGCAAGGCUAGCAAACUCCCUAGGCCAUUUUAAGAACCUAAGUUGAAGAACCGCUCCUGCUUCAGUCUCAGGCUUAGCCUGGGCCUGCAUCACCUGGCAGGUGCAGGCACCGAGCAGGUGUGUGGUGUGCUCACAAGCCACAUGGUGUCUCAUGCGCACCCCCCUCCCAUCCACAGUGUGUAUUUGAACAGCUUGGGCUCUGCAAACACAACCAUCUGAACACACCUACACCCCCAGGCACAGACACAUGAUCCAUACCCCAUCACCUCCACGGGGAUAUGCUUCUCGCCAAGUGUGUCAGGCCAGGACAGCCCCUUCUAGCCAUGAAUCCUUACUCAGCUACCUCUGGCAGGUGGGGGAACCUCAGCCGAAUCCUGGGCUCCCUGCCUGUGGCCCAGCCCCAGCUCCCAAGGCCUGCCCGGCUCUGUCUGAACACACAGUCUGGGGAAAGCAAGGGGUGGAGUAUAAUAAAAGGAAUGAGGACAAACCUCUGCCUUCUGCACUUUCUUCCCAGCCCUCUCUGAAACUCGGUGUCCCCAUCUGUACAAGGUGGGCCGAGCUGAGCGAUCUUUGAGGUCCUUCAGGCUCUGUCGGU